UGUUUGCUACUUUGCGUGUGUGAGUGAGUACUGAGUCGUGAACUGUCAAAUGUCAAUACACAUUUUCUAUGUUUCUUGCGAAGAUUUAUUAUUUUAUAAAUUUAUGAAGUAAAUAAGUUUUGAAUUAAAAUGUCUUUAAAGUUAGAAGCGCCUUUUCUUCCGAAGGAAACCUACGUUAAUUAUUUGAUUCAACAGCUCAGUGAAUUUGAGCUUUUAAACUCUAUGUAUCCUAAUCCCGGAGAAAUCGUUUUGACUGAUAAAAAUAAUAUACAAAAUAUUGAAGAAUUUAUUGAAAAUAAGUGUGAGUACAUUCCGAUGCAUUUAGAUUUUACAAUUAAUCUUUGUAUAAAUGAUUUUAAACUAGAGGUUUGUGUUAAUUUACCCAGCUGUUACCCGGAUGAAGAGCCAGAUAUAUAUUUACGAUGUAAUCAAUUGAAUCGGCAACAGGAAACAUGUUUAAAUUCAGAUCUAGCAGAAUACAUCAAAAGUAUUCAUGUAGGAGAAGUAUGUCUUUAUUCUGUUGUAACAUGGUUACAAGAUAAUAUUGAAGAUUAUAAAAUACAAGAAACAAAGUUGAAGAAUUUUGACAAAAAUAAUGUGGCAAAGACAGAUCAAGAUAAAUUUGUUCGAAUGUGGAUAUUUUCUCAUCAUAUAUAUAAUAAGAAAAAAAGAGAAGAGAUUGUAAAAAAGGCGAAGGAUUACAAGUUAUCUGGUUUCUGUUUACCUGGCAAACCUGGAGUAAUAUGUAUAGAAGGAGAGGACAGUUCUUGUCAACAGUGGUGGAGGGAUAUCAAGGCGAUGAGCUGGAAAAAAAUUGUGGUACGAAAAACAGAAUCACUUGUUAUAUUUGAUAAAGAAAAAAUAUUUUCUGGUUUUGAAGAAAUUCAUUUUAAAAGUAAUAUAAAUAACAAACAUUCAAAUAUGAGUGAAUUUUCUAAAUUUAUGCAAGACCAUGGGUUAACAUCCAUAUUUUAUGAACUUUUUGGAUUGUCUAAUGAAUGACCUUGAUCAAUAAAAAAGAAGUCAGCCAGAAAUUUACAUCAAGGAAGAUGAAAGAAGAACACUGACGUGUUUUAAAAAUAAUUUUAUUGAUGAAUAAACUAAUGGUGUCAGUUGUGACCAUUAAGUUACAUCUAUUUACAUUUUGAGCACCGGCCACAUAUUAAGACAAGAAAAGUACUAAGUUCAACACAUAUAUUAUUAGGAAUGGUGGUUUACUGAACAAUCUGUAUUUGCAUAAAGAUAAAUUGUUGUGAAUGUAACAUUUACCAAUGUAUGUUGUUGUGGCCAAUAAUAACAACUUAUUUAUGAUAUUCAUUAUAAUUAUUAUAUUAAUUUCACCACACUUAUUUUAUGGUAUGUUUUCAAGCAGAAAUAUAUUCUUACUUUCUAA